CCGCCGCUGCCACCACCACACCUCUCCUCCUCCUCCUUCUCCUCCUCCUCUCUGCCUGGCUAUCUCGGAGCCGCAGAGCCAGGCAGACUCCGCCAGUAGCAGCACCAGCACCAGCGGCGGCGAGAGGAGGAGGAGGAGACGCGAGAGACCCCGCAGCGUGACGAAGGCGCACCGUCCCCGUCCUCUCUCUAUCCAUACGCGCGCGCGUUCCAGCGAAACCAGCAGCCGGCCGAACGCGAGCGAGCGAGAGCCGUUCUGCCGUUGAGGGAAAGACCUGCCGGCUCCUCUCUCUGCCUCCGUCUCUUGCGCGCGUGUCUCUCGUCUCUCGCGGCGCGGCGCGCAUCCCUCCGGCCUCUCCCUUCUCCUUCCCGUGCGUCUUUUCUCCCACCACCAUCACCACGAGCCACCAUGGCGAAGGAGCUCGCCCGGAAAAGGGGCUUCAACUGCAGGCGCUUCCUGAAGAACAACUGGCUCCUCCUGGCCACCAUCCUCGCCGUGGUGCUGGGCAUUGGACUGGGUGUCGCCGUUAGGGAAUAUGGAAAUCUCUCCAAUCUGGAUAAAUUUUACUUUGCCUUUCCGGGAGAAGUUCUGAUGAGGAUGCUCAAGCUAAUCAUAUUGCCAUUAAUUAUAUCAAGUAUGAUAACAGGUGUUGCUGCUUUGGACUCCGGCAUUUCUGGAAAGAUUGGCUUGCGGGCAGUUGUUUACUACUUCUUCACUACAGCUUUAGCCGUAAUCCUAGGGGUUGUGUUGGUUGUGGCUAUCAAACCAGGAGUGUCCCAGAAUGCUGCGGAGAUUGACAGAAUGGGCAGUACACCUGAGGUCUCCACAGUGGAUGCUAUGUUAGACUUGGUUAGGAAUAUGUUCCCAGAAAACCUUGUGCAGGCCUGUUUCCAACAGUAUAAGACCAAGCGUGUAGAAAUAACGAUCACAACGGAAGUAGACAAAAAUGCUACUAUUCCUACACCAGACCCACUCUCGACUGUACUGCCAACAGAGAUUUCAAAGAAUAUAACCAAGGAAUACAAGAUAGUGGGUUUGUAUUCCGAUGGUAUUAACGUUCUUGGCCUGAUAGUCUUUUGCCUUGUCUUCGGAAUUGUUAUUGGGAAAAUGGGAGAAAAGGGGAAAGUGCUGAUGGACUUCUUCAAUGCACUGAACGAUGCCACAAUGUAUAUAGUUCAGAUAAUAAUGUGGUAUAUGCCGUUGGGUAUUAUUUUUUUGAUUGCCGGAAAGAUCAUAGAAGUUGAAGACUGGGAGAUUUUUCGCAAACUGGGUCUUUACAUGGCUACUGUUCUAAGUGGGCUUGCAAUUCAUAGUAUUGUAAUUCUGCCUCUCAUGUACUUAAUAAUAGUCCGGAAAAACCCGUAUAAAUUUGCCAUGGGGAUGGCUCAAGCACUUUUGACAGCACUCAUGAUUUCCUCAAGUUCAGCCACUUUACCUGUCACGUUUCGCUGUGCAGAAGAAAAAAACCAUGUUGACAAGAGAAUUACCCGAUUUGUUUUACCGGUAGGCGCUACAAUCAACAUGGAUGGUACCGCCCUUUAUGAAGCAGUGGCUGCUGUUUUUAUUUCACAACUUAAUGACUUAGAACUAGAUAUUGGCCAAAUAGUGACCAUUAGUGUCACAGCAACAGCAGCCAGCAUCGGAGCUGCAGGUGUGCCCCAGGCUGGACUAGUUACCAUGGUGAUUGUCCUGAGUGCCGUCGGACUGCCUGCUGAAGAUGUUACCCUCAUAAUAGCAGUGGACUGGCUUCUGGAUAGAUUCAGAACAAUGGUGAAUGUCCUCGGCGAUGCCUUUGGCGCUGGAAUUGUGGAGAAGCUCUCGCAAAAGGAACUGGAGCUUAUGGACGUUGGUGCUGAAGUCAACAUAGUGAACCCUUUUGCCCUGGACAAAGCAACGAAGGAUGGCAGUGAGGAAACAGAGGCCAAGAAAUCUUAUGUGAAUGGAGCUUUUGCUAUUGAUAAAUCAGACACCAUAUCAUUCACCCAGACAUCACAGUUCUGAAUGAAAUUGACUGACAAGGGAGCCACACUGGAUUAAAGGACAUGGGAAGGCCCUAUGUUGAGCCAUAUUCUGGGCCCCUCUCACUUCAGACCCCACAUGCUGUAUUUUUUCUUCUUUGCCUAUAUUCAUACAGGCAAACAGGAAGACACACAUCCUGUCUCACAAAACUCCCCUUCUCAGAUCUGCCACAACACAGAGAGCGCAGUUGUCCUGUUCCUUUUCUUGUGCAGGCUAUAAGGAGAUUUCAGUUUUGCCCACAGCUGAGAACGUGGCCAUAUCACAACGGGAUGGCCAACAUGUUGUGUUGAUUUCUUCAGGAGCCUCAGUGAUAGGUAUAUUCUCAGCAUAGAUAUGUUCCCUGACAAAUACACAACGUCAGGGAACCCUACACAGCUGAGGCCUACACUGAAACAGGCCACGGUCUUAACCUGUGCUGGCACUCUGAAGAACAUCACCAUGCAUGAAAUCAUUUAGCAAACCGAAAGGAUAAGUGUGUUGCUUUGAAACAGAGGCUCUGGAUUUUCCUCAGCUCUUUGUUUUUGAAACAUCUGAUCAUUGUGGGCAGAUUGAUCCCAGUUGCACAAAUACGUAUUUUCUUUUAAAGAGCCAUCUCUUGAGAAUUCAAGGUAUCUGCUUGCAACGAUCAUGCUGAUAAGUUGGGAUAAUAAACCAGAGGAUAUGGUUUAUAUCUGAAGCAUAGUGCGGUGUUCCCAUUCCUCUACUCUGCACAUGAAAUUCCUUUUUGAAAAACAAAGACUCUUCUUUUAAAAAUAACUUUAAAAGGAAUUCUUAUUUGAAAUUCCAUCUCUGACAUUUCUCUGCAAAUCAGCACUGUGCCAAAUGUUCAUUCUGGUAGCUAAUUAACUGUUAGAGAAAGGAGAUGAGACUGGUCCUUCAGUACGUGUGAACUUUUAAAAAGUAUGUGUAUAUUUUUUUUAAAAUAAACUAUAUAGUAUGGAAAUUGGAAAUUACUACAAAAGAGCUUUCAUUUUCAUGUUUUCUUUUACACCAUAAUUUAUAGCAAGAACAUAUCCGGACUUCAAAUGCUAAGUCAAUCAUAACAGCUUUGCUGUAAAUUGAAAUUCUCAUAAUUUAGCUUUCAUCAUUUAUUAGUCCUCUUUUGGAAGUGGCAAGAAGUAACUUCAGAGCUACCAGUAUUUAUCAGCUCCAGGGAAAACAGAUAAAAAUAAACCGCAUAGCUAUUCAUGACAUAGCUUGUCGACAUUUUAUGCUUUCAAGAAUAUACCCACUGAAUAAUUGCUAGUGGUUAGCUGAGUCUCAGUUUGCCUGCUUCUUACUUUCAUUUUAUAAUUUAAUCUGAAAGCUUGCAGUGGCCAAUAUGAUAGGCCUCAUGACAAGAAAAACCCAAACUUUAAAGCAGCCCUCGAAUGGUGAAGAACAAAUAUUAGCAUUUUACAAGUGUUCAUAGCAUAGCGGAGACAUAUUUUCAUAUCGGCUACAUCGGCGUGGCUUUUUUAUCAAACCAUUCCAUAAUGUUAAACAUUUUAUCUAAUACUUAUACCAGGUAUUUUAAUGGUGCACUUUUUCCUGCAAUGAAAAUUAUUGCAAACUAUUUCGAAUGCACAUCAUUUGUCGGCUACCUGACUUGAAACACAGACUAAAAUUAAGAGAGAAUACCUUUUCUUUUCUUUUUUUGUAAAUAAGCUUGUGUUAAACCGAAAAAUAUGCACUUAAUUGCUAUCAAGAAAAAUAAAAAUUUCUGUAGCAUUAGACAAACUCGGUCUUACACUUUUGUAUUCAGUAAAUAAGCCAGGAUAUGUGCCAAAGACAACUGAAACAAACAAACAAAAUCACAUCUAGCAUACAUUUUGAUAAAUUGCACCUUAACUGAGAGGCAUAAUACUGUAUGUAUUUAAAUAUUAUAAGCUAAAAAUGCAGUGUGCAUACAAAGUGAAAGUGUUGAUAUGUUUAUACAAAAUGAAGGCGUGUACAGUGUAAAUUAGUUCUUUAUCUUGUGCACAAUUAUUUUUUAAAAUAUAUUUGUACAGCUUUGCUACUGCUAGAGACAGAAAAACAUCCAGAGCCAGUGGUACUUGUUCUUUUCUUUGCAGCUUUCUUUCUGUAACUCGUCCUUUCACCACUGUACAUGUUGCCUUUCUUUCAUCUGAAUAAACAGUCAUCCUGCCUUCAAACUAUCCCUGCUCCACAUCUGUAUGCAGACUUCUCCCUGGGAACAAAUACAUCACGUGGGCUCAUCUGUUCUAGCUGUUAAACUAGAAUGGAAGAAAAACAAGGUCUGGUUUUUCUGAAGCUGGUUUUGCCAGAGUAGCCCUGAUAAAUAUCACAAGGCUAUUCCAGAGUGAGUUUGUGGCUGGGACCCGUGUUUCCUUGCGACCCGUAAACGUGAUUUAUUAUUAAGUCACCUAUAUUAUAGCCGGUACUUAUAAAUCAAAAGAAACAAUGAUGUAUCAGUCCUCAGGCUCACGACCGAGACCUAAAGAUAAGAGCUUUGGAAACUGGAAGCUCGGGACUAGUAUCCAAAAUGUGCUUUGGCUGUAGCAAACCCAAGCAAUCUGACAAUAAACAAUAGCGUUAGUCACAUAAUAUGCAUAUUUAAAUCAGGUUGACUGUUUUGAUUGUACUUACGUUUCUGUGAACUGCUUUGCAGGGGGGCGGGUUCCUUUGGGGAUUGAAGGAUGAGACGGAAAUUAAAUAAUACUGCUAUAUCUGUUAAUCUUCUAGAUUUCUCAUGGUUAUGCCCAUGUGGAAUAAAUCGUGUACAGCAUCAUGAACUAUGA